AUCUGAUAACUGUAUAUAAGUAUCUCGGGAUGUCUUGUAGGAACAUUGGAUGGAAGCAAGAUAGACACCAAUACCAGCUGACUUCGAGAUCAACCCUAAGUCAUGGGAAAGGUAGUGUGCAUUCUGCUUCUAUUACCUUUGGCUUGUUACUGCCAACUUCCUGAACAGUAUAUGGCAAUUCGACGAGAUCCAUGUGAACAAUUCACUGAACUGAUUCACAUAGUCACUCGAUCCCCACACUACCCAGGAACCCCAUUGGUUAACAAUGACACAAGGUUGGCCCGAGGCUGGUACGCUGGGCCUGUUGGGUGGGAGCUGCUCAAUGAUGACCCAGGUUCAUCGGACCGGUGUGGAACAAGGGAUCCCAUUUAUAGAACAGGUAAAAUGGGCCCGACGUCCUUUAUGUGCAUUAGGGCCAACAAUCGUCCCUGCAAUAUUUCAUUCAACAUCAAUACAAGGAUGUGUGGCGCCAGAGAGAUAUACGAGCUGAAAACACAUCGGCCUCUAUCAGCAUUCUGCUUUGAAUGCACCGGGCGUAAACUGGACAUCCUCAUCAUUUCCGAUGUGUCACGCUCAGUGACCCACUCCGUGUUUGAGAAAAUGAAACAUUUUCAACGGUCAUUGAUAUCAUGGAUUGGUGUAAGCCAGCAGACUAACGCUGUCGCUUUGAUGGAGUUUUCAAGUACCCCCAGAGUACUUAUUCCUUUGGACUCACCUUCUUCAAGGAGCAAACCAGCUCUCCAAUCAAUGAUAAACCAACAACAAUAUGAAAACGGACCUUCGACCGAUCUCGCCGAUGCCCUCGACAUGGCAGUAACAGAGGUUUUCACUGCACAGAAGGGUGACCGGGCAGAUGCUGACAACAUGGUGAUCUUGUUCACUGAUGGCUUGCUUUGCAAGUCAGAGAAGGAAGACCUGGCUGCUUAUAUUGGUCAGCUUUCUGCGAAAGCAGAAGUAUUUGUUGUUGCAAGCAGGGGGGUAAAUACCGUUAUUAGGGAAAUUGCUUCGAAACCUGAGGGUAACCACAUCGUCAACCUUGAAGGAGCAGGGGCAGUAGCGAUGUUUAGGAGGAAGAUUAUGCCAUGUCAUUUGGUACACUUUGAUUAACGGAUUGUCCCAGUCAUCAAAUGACUGAAAUUAUGAAAACGGGACUAUGAAUUAUAACUCACUCACUCAUGUACAAUAAAAAAAUGCAUCUA